AUGGCGAAGCUGGAGCGCGCGAGCGCGAGCGCGGCGAGCGCGGCGGAGACGUUUCGGACGCUCGCGAGCGAGGACGGGGCGCGCGCGCGGGCGAUGAUCGGUGAGCGUGGACAGCUGACGUGCGAUGCGGUGCGAGACGCCGCGUGGGGGGGGCUUCGAGCGAGGCUGGCGGCGAGCGGGUGGCCGCCCGGUUUGCGGCCGACGGAGCUGCGCGCGUACGGGUGGUCGUUGGCGCGAGACGGCGGCGAGGACGACGACGCGGACGCGGCGUUGAGGGAAUUGCGCGCCGUGCGAGCGUUUCACGUGCUGCGAACGACGUCGGAGGCGAGAGCGGCGUUCGCGGGGGAGGCGUCGUUCGCGCACGACGACGUCGCGUUGGCGUUUGUGGAGGAUUUAGCCGAAGCCUUGCGCGUGACGUUUGCCACGCGCGGAUCGUUGAGCGAUCCGAGGAAACCCGAGCGCUUAUUCGCGUGCGCGAAGGAGUUGACGAUCAAGACGCCGAUGUUGGUGCGCGCCGAGCUCGAUCGCGCGGUUUUCGUCGACGAGCCAAAAAUCGCCGUGGCGACGACUCGACACUACUUGUCGCUGUUGCUUCACGCCGUUUCGGACGUCAUUCGAACGCACGUGUGCGUCGCGUGCGCGGCAAGCGAAGAACCGUGGUGGUUGCACGUCGCCGACGAGUGUCGCGCGUUUGACGAUCACGUGUCUCGUAAUCCGUACGCGGACGUCGAGGAGACGCCGAAGGUCCUCGACGCUUUGGUGUGCGAGCAGGCGCACGCCGAGGCAUGGCUCGACGCCGAGUGCGAGCACGCGAGAGUGCGGGCGAGCAAGUCAUGGAACGAGGCGAAGAAUUGGGCCGCGAGCGCGGAAGACGGGGACGUGGAAUACAAGGCGCCGUACGUCGCCCAAGUCGUCGUGGAGGAAACAAAGAACGCGUUCGAGAGCGCCAAGGGGCUGUCGAGGGCAGACUGGCGGUUAUAUUUCGUAAACAGAGUGGCGAUACCAGUCUUAGAUGAGUUUAUAGACGAGUGUGAGUGUCGUGCGGUGGGUUCGAAAGGAUUAGGUUCGCUCGUCGCGGCGACGGGGAGCUGGCGCUCCGGCACGGAGGGCACCGCAGUCAUCGGCGCCGCCGUGAACGCAUCCACUUUCGUCGCUCGAGCGUUGCGCGUGUUGGCAGAAGACACGUUUGUUUUAGAGUUUGGUGGAGAAAAGUGUUUGGAGACGUACGCGAGCAAGUUCGAAAAGUUCACCGCGCGUUGGAUCGACGCCGUCGCGGACGCCGCCGCGUCGCAAUUCACGGAUAAAGUACUCGGCGACGCCUACGUCGGUUCGACGCACUUGCAGGCGUACGAAACGCUCGGUGACGAAGAUGCACGUGAUGCUAGCGAUGAUGGAUCGUCCCGGAACGUAUCGGCGAGCGGGUACAUGCUCGCCGCUCUCGCGCCUCUUCGCGACCGCGUCGACGACGCUCGAGCGGCGUUCGGCGUCGCGGCGUUUGAAAAGUGUUGGCGCGCGAUCGCGAGCAAGACGACGCGCGUGAUCGUCGAUCGCAUCGUGUGCGUCGCGACGUUCUCUCGCGCGGGCGCGAAGCAACUCGAGCGCGAUCGCGACGCCCACGCGAACGUCUUCGUCGAGUGCGCCAAGCGGCCGUCGGCGCUUCGAGCCAAAACAAAGACUCUCGCCGAAUGCGUCUCCGCGCUUUCGUGCGACGGUCCCACGGCGCGCGAGCUCAUCGAGGCUCUUCGUAGCGACGGUAUGAAGGGCCUAGCCGUGGUCAACGCCCGUAAGUCAUCGCUCGACGUCACCGCGCUCGACGACGCCUCGCUUCUCCGAGUCCUUCGCCGCCGCCGCGACGUCGUCGACGGCGACGCCGUCGCCUAG